AUGCCUAAUGUUUUGCUUGCUGGGUUACAUCCACAAUGGCUCCAGACUGCUACCGAGAAAGGAUAUGACAUAGGCUCAACCAAUCAAAGCUCGAACAUAGCAGAAGAAGCGAAACAAAUGAUGGCGGAUCUUCGAGCCUUACAAUCUGUGAAACCGACAACGCACAUGUUCAACCCUGAUGACGAUUCCAACCUCGAAGCGUUCAUGACAUUACUCGGAAGCGAGAAGUUCGACGGGGUCUCUCUUGGUGGAGGAGUACGAACGAUACCACAGCUUGGGGAUUACUUCACCAAUCUGGUCAAUGAGGUCGUUCGAAAGCAGCCAGGGGCAAAGCUGCUGUUUCCCUUGACGCCAAAGGAUAUUGUCCCGGCAAUCAAGAAGUACCUCUUGUGA